GGGGUUGACAUUAAAUUGCAUGGACUGUAAAUCUGAAGCAUAUGAGCUUGUUCGGCAAGGAUUAAAGAAUGAUCUUAAAAGUCAUGUAUGCUGGCAUGUUUAUGGUCUUCUUUAUCGGUCCGAUAGAGAAUACAGGGAGGCAAUCAAAUGCUAUAGAAAUGCACUGAGGAUCGAUCCAGACAAUAUUGAAAUUUUGCGGGAUCUGUCACUGUUACAGGUGCAAAUGCGAGAUUUGGCAGGGUUUGUCGAGACAAAACAAUAGCUCUUGUCUCUAAAAUCAAAUCAUCGUAUGAAUUGGAUCGGCUUUGCUGUUGCUCAUCAUUUAAACUCAAAUGCUUUAAAAGCAGUUGAAAUUCUGGAAGCAUACGAAGGGACACUAGAAGAUGAUUUUCCUCUUGAUAAUGAACGUUGUGAACAUGGGGAAAUGCUUUUGUAUAAGGUAUUCUAAGUGGUAUCUUCUGUAUAUUGUUUCUUAUGUUAUAUAUUAAUGUAGAUCUUAUAGGUGACUAGCUGUCUAUUAUGUUGAUUUUUAGGCUUGU